AACCUUUUAGAACAUCUAUGACGACACGGUCACACUUUACUAAGUCAGCUGAAGAAUAAAACAAUUUUAAAGUUUAUAAAAACAAAGGCUUUGAGAGAAUGCAAAUAAUUUGACCCUAGUGUCAGCAAAAGGAUAUAAUCCUAGUUUAUAUUUUUAGUUACCAAAUUCCUGUACUAAAUAUUAGUAGUUAAGUCAUGGUUCGCGUCCUAUUCCUUCACCCAGAUUUGGGAAUCGGAGGUGCUGAGCGACUGGUGGUAGAUGCCGCACUGGCUCUCAAGGAGCAGGGCCACCAGGUUAGCUUCCUCACCAAUCAUCAUGACAGCACGCACUGCUUCAAGGAGACGGCGGACGGAAGUUUUCCGGUGCAGGUUGUGGGCGACUGGUUGCCACGCAGACUCUUCGGAAGAUUCUAUGCCAUUUGUGCUUAUCUGCGCAUGCUCUAUGCUGCCAUCUAUGCCAGCUUCUUCAUGCCCCAGCGGGAGAAGGUAGAUGUGAUUGUUUGUGACCUGAUCUCCGUGUGCAUUCCGGUUCUCCGACUAGCCCGCCAUCGUCCAAGAGUACUCUUUUACUGUCACUUUCCGGAUCAGCUCCUCAGCGCCCGCGAGGGCCUGCUAAAGCGGUUCUAUCGCCUACCCAUUAACUGGCUGGAGGAGCACACCAUCGGACUGGCGGAUAAGGUAUUGGUCAACUCCAAGUUCACGCUUCGAGUCUUUCAGGACACUUUCCGCCGACUGAGCACGGUACCGGAUGUGCUGUAUCCUUCUCUGCACACCCAGUACUUUGAUCAGAUGCAGAAAAAGCUUGAACAGCGUUCUGCUGUAAUAGAUGAACCUAUUCACCCGCGCGUUCCACGCAAUGCCUUCAUCUAUCUGGACAUCAAUCGUUAUGAGCGAAAGAAGAAUCACGCCUUGGCUUUACAUUCCUUGCGCCUCCUGGGCGACAUGCUUCCCACAAUGGACUUCAAACGCUGUCGGUUGAUCAUCGCCGGAGGUUACGACACCCGCUGCAUGGAGAACGUCGAACACUUUGCCGAGCUGGAGCAGCUUACGGAGAAACUGAAGCUUCAGGAUCAUGUCGUCCUGCUACGUUCACCCACUGACGAGGAGAAGUGCCGUCUGCUCUUCGCCGCUCACUGUCUGCUGUACACCCCCGAAAACGAGCACUUUGGCAUUGUGCCGCUGGAGGGCAUGUACUGCUCCAAGCCAGUGGUGGCAUUAAACAGCGGUGGACCCACUGAAACUGUGGUUAAUACAUCAACGGGCUUCCUGUGCGAGAAUCAAGAGAAGAGCUUCGGCGGAGCAAUGUACCAGCUUUUCCGGGAAGAACCGCUGCGGCUGAAGAUGGGCGACCAAGGUCACAAGCGAGUGCAGCAGAAGUUCUCCUUCCAUGCCUUUGCAGACCGUUUAAACGGCAUUGUGCAGGAGCUUGUUUCAAUACCAAAAUUUUCGACUACUAAGAAAACUGAAUAAAUUUCCAGUUUAACUGCAUGUA